AUGCCGAAGCAAAGGUUAGAAGGUAAGGUGGCUCUUAUCACAGGGGCAGCUAGUGGUAUUGGGGAAGAGACAGUGAAAUUGUUUGCUGAAAAUGGAGCAUUUGUUGUUGCAGCAGAUCUUCAAGAUGAACUGGGUCGUCAAGUUGCAGCUUCAAUAGGCUCAGAUAGAGUUACUUACCACCAUUGUGAUGUGAGAGAUGAAAAUCAGGUUGAAGAAACAAUCAAAUUCGUUUUGGAAAAACAUGGUCACAUUGAUAUCCUGUUCAGUAAUGCUGGAAUAAUAGGGUCUUUGUCUGGCAUACUUGAGCUUGAUCUGAAUGAAUUUGAGAACACCAUGGCUACAAAUGUUCGUGGUGCAGCUGCUACAAUUAAACACGCUGCACGUGCCAUGGUUGAUAAAAGAAUCCGUGGAUCCAUCAUAUGCACCACAAGCGUUGCGGCUUCCAUUGGUGGAACGGGUCCUCAUGGUUAUACCACAUCAAAACAUGCUCUUCUGGGACUGGUAAGAUCAGCAUGUAGUGAGCUUGGAGCUUAUGGAAUCAGAGUUAAUAGUAUAUCCCCUUUUGGUGUUGCCACACCUCUUGCAUGUAGAGCUUUCAAUCUUGAACCUAAUGAAGUUGAAGCUAAUAGCUGUUCCCAGGCAAAUCUCAAGGGUAUUGUGUUGAAGGCUAGGCAUAUAGCUGAAGCUGCUUUGUAUCUUGCUUCUGAUGAAGCUAUUUACAUUAGUGGUCACAACUUGGUGGUUGAUGGUGGCUUCUCGGUGUUGAAAUUAGUUACCAGAGGCAUGGUGUUUAUCUAUCUAUUUAUUGACUUAAUUAUACUGUUAAACUUAACUGGUUAA